UCAACCAGAAAAGGAACGAAAAAAAUGAAAGACAAUUCUUCCUCUAAGACUUCAGACAUUUGGAUUUUGAAGACGAACGUGAAACUGGCAGAGCUGAUGAAGAACCAGGAGCAGUGCUACUGGCAGGACACAGGUCGAUGGAUGGGUUACGAGGAGAGUUAUGACCCCCAGGCCGGAGGCUGGGGAACAUCCCAUAUUUCCUACCUCACUUUCAAGAGCCUCAUCCAGCUUCGCCGCACCAUGAACACAGGUGUGGUAAUGUUGGACCGGGAGGAGCGUAGUCUACCCAGCAUUGCUGAGAAAAUGGUGGACGAGCUGAUCAAGAAGAAAGAAAUCCGUCCAGGCGACCGGGACGGGGUGCUCCGUUCUUUACUCCAGAACCGCAGCCAAACUACAGUAGAAAGCCAACCCAUGGUCGGGGGGACGGAGAUGCAGACCUUCUCAGUCAAAGAGAGAAGAGAUACUACUGACAAUGUAGAGGCAUCAAUGGUGCUUGUAGGAGCUCUGGACUUUCUAGAGAGGCCCACAGUAGCGUUUGUGCGUCUUAAGGAGGCUGUGGUUCUGGAUUCGGCCUUGGAGGCUCCAGUGCCAGUCCGCUUCAUCUUCUUCCUGGUGGGCCCCAACAAGAGUGACAUGAACUACCACGAGACUGGUCGAGCCAUGUCGGCACUAAUGGCCGACAAAGUGUUCAACCAGGGUGCUUUCCAGGCGCAGAGUGAACGGGAGUUGAUGGAUUCUCUGGCUGACUUCAUGGACUGCAGCAUUGUGAUCCCACCCACAGAAAUCCAGGAAGGGGCUAUGCUCCAGUCCAUCAUCAGCUUUCAGAAGAAAUUACUGCAGGAGAGGCUCCGCCCCUCCGACCCGGUGCUGCGCAUAGAUGUAAAACCUCGCAAAUUUUCCACUUCCAGGCCUCUUCCUGAGGAUCCACUUGUCCGUACGGGUCGACCAUUUGGCGGGAUGAUCAAAGACGCAAAGAGACGCUACCAGCACUAUGCAAGUGACUUCACCGAUGCCCUCAAUGCUCAGGUUCUCGCAGCUGUCAUAUUCAUUUACUUCGCUGCCCUAUCCCCUGCUGUCACUUUCGGCGGACUGCUAGCUGAUAAGGUGGACAACAUGAUGGGUGUGUCUGAGCUCCUGAUCUCCACCUGUGUCCAGGGGGUAAUCUUUUGUAGUAUCGCAGCUCAGCCUGUCCUGGUCAUCGGCUUCUCAGGUCCACUGUUGGUGUUUGAGGAGGCCUUUUUUGCUUUCUGCAAGUCCCAGGACAUUGAAUAUAUUGUAGGGCGUGUGUGGGUGGGCGUGUGGCUGGUGGUCAUUGUGGUGGUUAUCGUGGCAUGUGAGGGCAGUUUCUUGGUCCGCUUCAUCUCCCGCUUCACCCAGGAGAUCUUCUCCAUCCUCAUCUCUCUCAUCUUCAUCUACGAGACCUUCUCCAAGUUAGGCAGGAUUUUCAAGGCCCACCCCUUGGUCCUGAAUUACGACCACCUUAACGACAGCGUGGAGGACCCAUGGCACUUGGUGGUAACCCAAAGUCACCUGUAUGACAACAACACAGGCAACACAACCACCACGGUUAACGUCAUGGAUCGGGCCUACCCCAACACAGCUCUCCUCUCCAUGUGUCUCAUGUUUGGUUGUUUCUUUAUUGCCUUCUUCCUGCGCCAGUUCAAGAACGGGACCUUCUUGCCUGGAAAGAUCCGCCGCUUGAUUGGGGACUUUGGUGUGCCUAUUGCUAUUUUCCUGAUGUGUCUCGUGGAUAUCAACAUAGAGGAUACCUACACUCAGAAACUAGUGGUUCCCAAGGGUCUGACAGUGUCCAACCCGGAGGUCAGAGGUUGGCUCAUCAACCCUUUCGGUGAACACAAGCCUUUCCCUGUGUGGCUGAUGUUUGCUUGCUGCCUUCCCGCCUGUCUAGUCUUCAUCCUCAUCUUCCUCGAGUCCCAGAUCACCACUCUGAUAAUAAGUAAGCCGGAGAGGAAGAUGGUCAAGGGAUCCGGUUUCCACCUGGACCUUCUCAUCCUGGUGGGGAUGGGUGGGUUUGGUGCUUUCUUUGGUGUGCCGUGGCUGAGUGCUGCCACUGUGCGUUCUGUUAGCCAUGCAAAUGCUCUCACCGUCAUGAGCAAGGGGCCCAAGCCGGAGAUCGAGAAGGUGAUGGAGCAGAGAGUCAGCGGGAUGCUGGUGGCACUGCUUGUUGGUCUGUCCAUUCUCAUGGAGCCCAUCCUGAAGAUGAUUCCCAUUACCGCUCUGUUUGGGAUCUUUCUCUACAUGGGAAUAACCUCACUCAACGGGAUCCAGCUGUGGGAUCGUAUCCUGCUCCUUCUCGUCCCCAAAAAAUACCAUCCCAACGAGCUCUACGCCACUAAGGUGUCAACGGGCAGAAUGCAUUUAUACACUGCUAUCCAGGUGGUGUGUCUGGUGGUACUAUGGAUCGUCAAGUCCAGCCCGGUCUCCCUGGCCCUUCCCUUUGUCCUCAUCCUCACCAUCCCUCUCCGAGUGGCCAUGACCGGACGCUUCUUCACAGAGCUGGAGAUGAAAUGCUUGGAUGGCGAUGAUGCCAAGGUGACAUUCGAGGAGGAGCCCGGACAGGACGUGUACAAUGAAACUCAGAUGCCUGUGUAGACAUGUGGUUCUGUGAUUCUGAUCCAAAACUCCUUUAUUUUAUUUAACUGCUGACACAAUUCAAAGUAUUUUAAUGGGAUCAAUAUAUUUUCUCUGUUACUGUUUCAAAUGACAGAUAUAUUUUUUCAUGUUUCACAUAUUAUAGAAUACAAAGAAUAUACAAUUAAAGAUUGCAUUAGAGAAAGUUGCUUAAUUUUGUUACAUUUCAGAAAGGAAGCAUAAUGACAGACAUAAAAUUGAGGUAUGAAAAAACGUAAUUGAUUAAUUGUUGUUGGGAGUGCUGUAUAUCUUUUCAGAGCAUGUGGGACUUGCUGGUUGGAUUAUAAGGCAAAGUUGUGAAGCAAGCGUGUUAGGGAAUAUGCUGUGGAGCUUAGCCUUGGAAAAGUGUAGUCUAUGUAAGGACUUCAGUUUUAUAAGACAGUGUCUGAAGUUGAUUGAGAAGGUAAUGCAAGCUAUCUUUCCAAUCUGAUAUACAGUGAACUCUCUCUAAAAUCAAGGGACUAUAUCCUAAAUGCACUUUUAUUGCUUCAACCGAUAUGGAUAAGAAAUAAGGUAACUUGGUGGAAAACGCCCUUCUUAAGGGAAAUCUGUAUUUUCUGACUCAAAAAAUAAAUGUUUGGUCAGGUUUUUAUAUGAACAUAUUGACUAAAGUCAGACAAAUACAUUUAGAAAAAAAUAUUGGGCAGAAUGAUUCUAUUUUAUUGCAACCAAACUAUGUAAAUGGGGCAUUUUACCCCACUAUCAGGGCAAAAUGCCCCUCCCUAUGGGGUAAAAUGCCCCCUGUUUUUUUUUACCCCCACUUAAAAUGUAUUCCAUAUUUAGGUGUAAAACUCAUUCUGUCAAUGUAAACUAUACCAUUGAAAAUAAUUCAAUCUUGAUAGCAGUGCUUAAGUGAGUUAACAAAACCAAUUUAACCGUGAUACUGCACAUUUCAAUAUC